AGUGAAAUCCGAGGCGUCGGCAACGAACGACGCUAAUGCUGCUGAUGACGAUGAUGAUGAAUCUAUGUCAUACUCUCCAGAUGAUAAUUAUCCUACAACGUCGAACAGUACUCAUUCCAGUGACCAUACAAAUUAUCAUCUUGAUGAGGCCACAACAUACAAAAUUGAAGCGCCCAAUUCAUCAUCAUCGUCGACUCUUCCGAAACGUCGUAAACAACGAAUAUCCAAUAAUGCUAUGGAUGAGGCGACUUUGAUUGCUCUUAGACCAUUCAAAUGUGACGAGUGUGGUAAACGAUUGGAAAAGGCUCGAACUUUAAGGCUACAUAAAUUAUCAGUUCAUCAAGGUCAUAGACCAUUUACUUGUGAUAUAUGCAAAGCUUGUUUUACUCAAAAUGGUCAUUUGAAACAACAUAUUCAAACAGUUCAUAAAGGAUUACGUCCCUAUGGUUGUGAUCUGUGUAAACGACGUUUCACAAAAGCUCGUUCGCUGAAACUUCAUAAUUGUGGUAAAAAUGGUUUAGCAAAACCAUUUGUUUGUGAUGUAUGUGGUCGUGGUUUUUCACAUAUGCAUACCAUGAAAGCUCAUCGUGCUUCAAUUCAUGAAGAGUUACUUGUUUAUAAUAUCAAUCAAUUUGAUUUUUAUUAG